AUGGCAACACUAAUAUCAAGAUUGUCUACCACACCUGUUGAGCUUACUUUGUGGGAUAUUCUAUGUUUGAUCGGCGUCGCAUUCAGUCUCGAGAUCGCAUUUAUCCUCAUCAAAAGAAUGGAUACUUGGCUGAACGAGCCCGCCGUUGCGUCUCCCGCCGCCGCUGUUCCCGUUCCUGUCACCGUUGCAAGUGGCGCCAUGAACAACACGGCUUGCUCUUGCUUCAGCUGCCCCCGCCAUAGUGCAAUUCUUGCCAGUUAUUUCGCUAACAGCUGA